AUGGCAAUUACGCAUUCGGACCUUAAACGACGACCUCAACAUCCUCAUCCUCCGCCGCUGAUCGGUGCAUCACUGCAUUACGGAGGAGAAACCAGGUUUCCUCCGCCACCGGGGAAGGGACCACCUAAGGAGGGGGAACCGCCAUCGUGGCUAGAUGACGUUUGUGAAAGCAGCGCCGUGAUCAUCAACACGUGUGAUGAUGAUCUGGAGCAUCCAUUUAUUAAAUACAUAAAAAUCAUAUUGAAAAGGAAAAUUUGCAAUGGCCUCUCCGAACCCAAAGGNGUUUUUAUGAACCCUAAUAAACCAUUGAUGUGUUUUUCUGAAAUUUGGGCAGUUGCAAUGGCCUCUCCGAACCCAAAGUGGCGUGUUCGAGUCUCUGUUGAUUCAUCAAUAAUUGUUGCUAUGAAUGGGUUACUNAGAGAANUGCAUGUAGAACGAAUUUCAAUGACACCAUUUCGUUGGUGUUUGCGGCUUCNUAAGGCUCUGGAGAUUAACUGUGAAUUAUUGAAGGUCAUGGUAUGUCGNUGGGCUGGGCAUGAUGUUAGCUUUAGGGUGAGUCAUCAAUUGGUACCAUUUAGUGUUUUGGAUGUUUUCAUGACGACCGGUUUAGACAUAGGUGGCUUAGAAGUUCCAUUUGAUGAAUGUAUAGUUGGUUUGGUUGGAGAAAUGUUUAAUUCAAAGAGCACAACUUUAUUGGAUUUGGUUGAGAAGUUUAAUGUGAUUGUUUUGGACGACAACAUUGAGGUUGAUGUUGUGUGUAGGNUGUAUAUAUUUGUUUGUUUGGUUGUUUUUUUCUUUCCUAGGAAGUCUAAGGUUGUUGCUAACAUGCCUUCAAAAGUGUUAGACNACCUAGAUAGUUUGUGUUUAUAUGAUUGGGCGACCGGUGUUCAUAAACACCUUGUAGAUAACUUGAAUAAAUGUAUGAAAAAGAUAAUGUCUGGAGGUAUCGCCANCGCACUCAGUCUUAGUGGGAAUGUGGUUGUUUUGCAGGCUUGGGCUAUAGAGAGGCUUUCUUUGGAUGGUAAUCCAAGUCAUAGGAGGUUUCCUCGCAUGUUGCGUUGGUUCCCCUAUAAGACAAGAUUAUAUGAAAAAAUGGAAGAAUUGUUUAGGACUGUAGAUGUAAACUUGGAGUGGUAUAUUCAGAUGCGUGAUCGUUAA